AUGAUGCGCGCCGAGUCGCUCGGGCCCGAAACGAAACGCCUCGUCGUCGGUGACGUCGCGUGCGACACGGUGCGAGACGACCAGUUCAGCGUCAUUCGUCGGGCGGAAUCGAUCGGAGAUGAAUUCUUGGUGGGAAACUUUGAUUUCGGCGAGUUGGGAUCGGGCGGGGGGAAAGGCGGUGAUACCAUGGCGCGAACGCGCGAUGGGAGAUAUUUCAUCAAGACGCUGAGCGAGGGCGAUGGUAAGAGCUUGCUCGAGGACGCGUUCCUGAAGGAUUACGUCGCGCGGGCGACGACGGGGCAGAGCCUGCUGUCAAAGAUUUGCGCCGUGAUAUCGCACGAUAAACUCGGACGAUUCAUCGUGAUGAAUAAUUGCGUGAAUCCCAGGGUGAAGUGCUGGAGUCGGUUGUACGAUUUGAAAGGCACCGCGGACGACAAGACGCUCGUCGCGGACGGGGCGGCGGUGUAUCACGCGCACAAGCGAUUUUACAACGUAAAUUUGCUAGUGCGCGAAUGUUUCGGGUGUUAUCGCGACGUGCCCGUGCUCAGGCAGAGAUACGUCAAGGGUAAGCACGAGGCUUUCGAUGCGCCGAUAUACGUCACGAAGGCGCAGAGGGAAGAGAUUUUAACGGCGCUGAAGAACGACGUGGCGUUGUUCGACAAACACGGGCUCAUGGAUUACUCCUUGCUCGUCGGUAUCCAGCGCGUACCCGCGAACGAGGUCGACGAGGCGAUGCGAGCGUUUGAGCAUGACGUGCAUAAUAAGCCUUACGUCAUCGAAUACGGUGGAGAAACGUUAAUACUGUAUUUUGGGAUCAUAGACUUUUUGCAGCGCUGGACCGGGGGCAAGAAGGUCGCGCACGUCAUCAAAUAUCUCUUCGCCCCGCGCCCGAUUUCGACGGUAAACCCCAAGACGUACGCCAAACAGUUUCUGGACUUUUUCGACUUCAAGUUCAAGGGCGUGGCGUUCGAGCGCGAGAACCUGGCUCGAACGUCGAGCGUGCGCCGUUCGUUCAACUUUGGCGGCGAGUCGAGAAAGGGCGGCGCGUCGCCGACGGUGCUAGAACGUCUGAAAUCCGCCGCCGGAGUCACUAUCAUGGCCGCGGAAGAGGACUAA